AUGAGCAGCACAGUCGGAGCUGAAAAGACAGAGGAGGAACUGCGGAAAGAGAUCGAUGAGCUCUAUCGCCAACAGCGUGAGAUAUCGGAGCGGCUUCGAGAUCCCAGAGGGAUUCGCCGCGGUGGCCUUUCAGGCGCCGGACCUCGCAAUAUCGCCGCCAACGGCGGCCGCCAGCGUGGCUUUGUUCGGCCUGCUGAGAGGAAUGAUGCGGAGGACCGGCCACCAGCCAAGAGGCGACUAUCUUCAGCUGUUGUGAAGGUUGAGGAUGGAGAAAUAGCAGAGGAUGGAUCUGAAGAUGCAAAUGACGUGCAAAAGAACAAUGCAGCGGACAAUACAGGGCAGAAUGCUAAUGCAAAUGCAAAUGCGAAUUCGAGGCGGGGUGAGAAAAUGCAAUCAAAUUGGACUGUGAGGGAUACAAACCAAAGGCCAUCUAAAAUGGACUUUGACAUCCCUCCAGCCCAACACACACCAAGGGUGUUGCCUAAGGACGAGGACCCUAGUUUGGUCAGCAGGAACAAGAGGAUGUUAGGCCAGCUUCUUGGGACUUUAGAGAGGUUCAGGAAAGAAGACAUGCAACUGUCAGGCUCAGAGGCAUAUAUGAAGAGAUCUGACUCUUUGAAAAGGGCUGAGCAACGAGCACGUGAAGAGAGUGAAAAACUGAGGCAGCAAGAGCGUGAACAGAUUGCUGAAAAGCGGAAGAGAGAUUUGACUCUCAGAGCACGUAUUGCUGCAAAGGCAGAGGAAAAGAAGUUGGAAUUGCUGUUUCUACGGUGGAGUGAGCACCACAAAAAACUUGGAAAUUUCAUAAGGACCAAGGCAGAGCCCCCUAUUUAUUACACCUUCAGUAAACCACUUGAUCAAGGAGCAACUCCCUCUGAGGAGCAGAAAGACCAGAUGUUUCAAGAAUGGAAAGCUGCAAGGAGAGAGGAACUAUCACAGUACCAAAAGCAGAUUUCAGAGCAGUAUGUGGCGAACGUCGAUAACGAGCUCGAGAGGUGGCAAAACGGGAGGAAGAAUAGAAGGGGUAAUAACAUGACGGCGAACUUACAGGAGACCAUGGACAAAGAACUGGAGACCCAUCAGCUCGAGCACGGCCCUAAGACUCGAAAAAUCCCUGGAAAUAAUGAAGAUGAGGAUGAUGUGGAGGAUAUAAAUGCGGCAGAGGAUGAUGUCAUGGAUGAUGUGCUUGGUGUCGAGGAGAACACGAAAACUGAAGUGGGCAGUGGUAUCCUGCAUGAAAAUGUUGACGAGACAGUGAGAUCUGAGGCGGCUAUUGGUGGCACGCGUGAGAACUAG